GUGGCUACAGAGUUAAUAUUUAUCUACAGAACAUAUUUUUUAGUUAAUGUAACAACUGAUACUUAUCAUUUGUUUUCUCUGACCACACACUUUAAAUUUUCUCUUGAUUGUGAGAAAUUUUGGUCCCAAUGGUGACUUUUUUAAAGUACAAUUGACACUUCUUUAUACAUAUAUUGCCAAAAAAAAGUGUCAGUUGUACUUGAAUAUGGCCCCUGUGGCUUGAAUCAGCCAGAGAAACAAGAUGCAACAAGGAUGGCUGACUAUGAGAAGCAAUUUCAAGAGGACCUGGAGAGAGCCCAGGCUCUCAGUCUGGAAUCAUUGGCUUUGGAGCAAUUCAAAACCAAAAGGAUGCAAGAGUUAAACAGGUCUGCCACUACUGUAUCUGUCACAGGAAAGACCAGAACAACUACAGUGGCUCGCGCAUCGUCAAUGACAGAGACUGAUUCCUUUGUGAAGUAUGACAGGCAAACAAGCAAGUCUCGUCCGAGACCAGGUGGUGCACAGAAUUCAGGGAAUGCUUCUAAUCCGUUGAUCGCACCUCCUCCAUCAUCACAAAGAAAGACCAGUAUGACAGACAGUGAAACACCAGAUCUAAUUUCUUUUUCCAGCCCACCUCCUGCUGUCAAUACUACUACAAACAGUAUAAUCGAAUUUUGCAAUCAACAGAGCUACAAUAAUUCUCAGCUUCAGCCAGUGGUCCAAUCGCCGCUUUUCCACUCAGCUGCUGUACCUCAGCAUCCAUCUCAGUUUAAACUCUGGCCCCAAAUGCCUGUAAAUACCACUCUUUCCACUCCAUAUCCUCAAGUGGGGCAGUUAUACUCUCAAGCAGCCCUGUACAGGCCCCCAGGUCUCACUCUUAACAUGAGUGGUAUUAGAAGUGCACCCAUGAUGUCCCCAGUUACGAUGAAUAGCCCAAUUGGUGGGGGAGGGUUAGUAGGAGGUGUACCUCCCGCCUUAUUUAAGCCCCCACCGAUAUCAGGAAUUAAUGCGGGGACUACUGGAUCUACCGGAAACUCAGUUUGCCAAACUCCACCUCAGACUCCUCCUGCAUUGCCUCCAAAAAAUCAGCCUCGUCCCCCGCCUCCUGUAAUUGGUCCUAAAAGCAGCAGUGUGUCAUCAGGGCCAAAAAGUACCGUUUCUUCUAGAUCAUUUUCAAAAAAUUCGACAAAAUCCAGCAAUAAGAAAAGUAGCAGCUCAGUUAUUCCAAAUCUGAUUGAUUUCGCGCAGUCAGAUGACAAGAUCAAUGUUAGGGUCAGUAUUUUGCAGGAGUUUGACCCCUUGUCUGAUACGUUCAGUAGCUCUGCUAGCUCCAGGACUAUUAGUCCAGAUUGUUCAGUGGACGAUUCGAUAUCGAUAUGUAACAGCGUGUACGAGGAAUAUGAUCCGUACGAUUUUAUCUAUUCCGGAUCGGGAAAUAAUAGCGUAUCUGACCCUAUCUAUGCAACUGUGAACAAAUCGGAUAAUGCGCCUAUGUCCCCUGUUCCACCCAGGAUUUCUACGAUAGACAGGCGCAGCUCCAAAAGCUUCAAGAGAAACCUUUUGAAUAUAAUUGAAGAAGUCCAAGACCGUUCUUUGAUCAAAGAUCCUGAACUCAAAGCAUUCUACAAUAUGGUACACAACGUAAGAAAGCAAUAUCGUUAUAAUGAUCCCGAUACAAAUAUGGGCCUAGUAAUAAGCCCAAUGGUGAAUUUUGCAUAUAAUGAAGGGCUCAGUAUUAAGUUGCAAGUGCAUCCAAAUUUUGAAGGUGCAGAUUUUAAUAAGCCUAUCAGUUUCACUUGUGAUGUAAAUUCGAGUGUUGAACAUGUGACACUUCAACUUACAUAUGGGUUAGAUGCCCCAACAAAUUGCCAAUAUACACUUAAAGUAUGGGGGUGUAAUGAAUACCUGGUUCCUACGACGUUUCUGAGUGAUUAUGAGUACGUGCAUGAUUGUAUAAAGUUGGACGAAGACGUUGUGUUGAUUUUGAUUCCUGAUUCUAAGAAGGAUAAAUCUUUCGCAAGAACGGCACAAGAUGACAACGACGAUGGAACAAUGAAGUUUGAUAAUAUUGUGCCCGACGAUAUGGUAUUUAGGAUAACAUACGAGAAGUUAAAUAUUUUGCUAGAAACUGUUGAAAAUGAAAUGAGAAAACUGGAGGAAGCUGCAUUACAAAUGUUUAGAAAUAACUCUCCUGGUAGCUUACAAUCUCUGAAUGUCAUACAGUCUGUGAAAUAUAUAGUAAAUCUUAUGGCUGAUCUUUGUACAUUAGAUAUAAUGCAAACCAUUGAGGCCUUGGAGAAGUCAUGUAGAGACUUCAUACCUUCACGUGAUAUUUGUUUCUCCGAAAUGAUAGCAAAUAACUGCAAUAAAAUCCGGUUUGCCAUCCAAAAUCUGAUUGAAAUGUACUGCCAAGCAUAUGCAGUGGAUUUUGAGGUGAAAAGUCAACCAUCUAAUGAAGCUACAAGAUAUGUUCACGAUAUUUUGGACUCUGUAGUGAUACGAGUUUGUGCGAUAUAUCGCCCAUCGGCAGUUUGGGAACACGAAGAAUACGUAAUAGCUGCGCAUAUUUACCACGGCACAAAAAAAAUUGGCAGAUCUAACAGGACACAGCCAAGCAAGAAGAUUGAAAGAGACAAAUACUGGCCUGCAAGGAUUGUAUUUGACACUUGGUUGGAUUUCGAAGAUGUGCCUAUAAACAGCCUAGCUAGAGAAAGUCGUUUAGUGCUCCAGGUUUUCGGUAGGUCACUCACAACUGUAGAAACAGAUGAGUCAAAAAGUUCCAGUGACCCAGUUUAUAAGGAAGAAGAAAUCGGAUGGGCAGCAGUACAGUUCUUCAAUUAUGAAAGCAUCAUGACACAAGGCAGUCUGCUGCUCUCCUUAUGGCCAAAAGAACAAAACUAUGCCAAUGACCACAUCUAUGGACCUGCUCCACCGAUGAGAUCACAUCCUGAUCCUAAUCAUCCAAUGAUUGGGGUAGAGAUUGCAGCUCCUCCGAAGGUACAGUUUCCUUCUAUCAGUCCAGAGAUCUAUUCCAAUGUCACCAAAGGGGAUUUUGACAGUUUGGAUAACGAGACUCAACAGCUGUUGGUGGACGCGUGUGAACAAGACAUGCUGUAUAGAUUUCCUCCUGAGAUAAGAGAAAUUCUAUGGGAGAAAAGACACUAUUUGUAUCAUCUUCCUCAGGCUUUACCUAAAGUUCUUUUAGCAGCACAUAGUUGGGAAUAUAUGCAACUUCCUGACUUACAUGGCAUGCUCCAUGCUUGGACUAGACUCAGACCUAUACAAGCUUUAGAGUUACUGUUACCAGUUUACCCUGAUUUAGAAGUUAGAAAGUUGGCUGUGAGAUGGAUAAGGGGCCUUACGAAUGAUGAGUUAGUUGAUUAUUUACCUCAGUUGGUAGUCGGUUUGAGACACGAAACAUACGAGAAUUCACCUCUUGCUCAAUUUCUACUGGAUAGAGCCUUGAGGUCUCCCAGAUUUGCUCAUUAUCUUUUUUGGCUGCUCUGCCAUAGCUUACCUGGAGAAACUCCUCAGAAUUGCAGUAUGGAAACAAAAAGUAAGGAAGAAACGACAAUAACUGAAGUGAGGCACCAUAGAAGACUGAAGCUAAUGUUGAGAGCCUUACUAGCAAUUGUUGGAAAUUCUCUAGGAGACUGUUUCUUAUCACAACAAUCAUUAGUCAAAAAAUUGAAUGAUAUUGCUGAAGACGUUCAAAAAACUAAAGAGUCCCAUCGGUUGACAAUUCUGCAUAACGUCCUUAACCAAAUUCACAAAGACCUUCAAGAAUGCCCAACUUCCCUCCCACUUUCCCCUACUUUGCGAGUGAAAGGCAUAGACGUACAGUCUUGCUCCUAUUUCCCAUCCAAUACGCUUCCUUUAAAAAUUAACUUUAUCAUGGAGGACAGUUCAAUAAGGCCAGCCAUUUACAAAGUCGGGGAUGAUCUUCAACAGGAUAUGUUGACCUUACAAAUGAUCAGAUUGAUGGAUAAGUUGUGGUUGACUAAAGGGCUGGAUUUGAAGAUGGUCGCGUUUACCUGUGUUCCUACGUCGAAAAAAAGAGGUAUGAUCGAAAUGGUGACUAAAGCAGAAACAUUGAGGAAAAUCCAAGUUAGCCAUGGCUUGACUGGUUCUUUCAAAGAUAAACCCAUAGCAGAAUGGCUGGCAAAGCAUAACCCUUCUGAGCUAGAGUAUGCUAGGGCAGUGCAAAACUUUACAGCGUCAUGUGCUGGAUAUUGUGUGAUAACUUAUAUAUUAGGAAUCUGUGAUAGACAUAAUGAUAAUAUUAUGUUGAAAACCUCUGGACAUUUAUUCCAUAUUGAUUUUGGUAAAUUUUUGGGCGACGCCCAAAUGUUUGGCAAUUUUAAGAGAGAUAGAGCUCCAUUUGUGCUCACGUCAGAUAUGGCUUACGUAAUCAAUGGAGGUGAUAGACCUACAGAAAAGUUCCAUCAGUUCGUAGACUUGUGUUGCCAAGCUUUUAAUAUCAUCAGGCAACAUCGAAACUUGUUCUUAUUUUUGAUAACUUCGUCUGGAAUUUGUCGUAUAACUCCAGAAUCAAUAGGCUACAUGCAUAAUGCUCUUCUACCUGAGCUAUCGAAUCCAGAAGCUGCAGCAUACUUCACGCGACUGAUAGAGGAGUCAUUGAAAACGAGAUUUACCCAAUUCAACUUUUUCCUUCAUAAUUUGGCACAACUGAAGUUUUCUGCUGAUGAUACUGAGGGAUCGCUACUUUCCUUUGUACCAAAGACGUACAGUAUGGCUACUGAUGGACAACUUGUUCAUGUUGAGGUAGUCAAUUAUCGAAAACGAUACGAUCCAGACAAGUAUUAUGUUUACAUUUUGAGAGUAUAUAGAAAAGAUCAAAAACAACCUAUGGAAAUCCAAAGAACUUACAAGGAGUUUUGCGAAUUACACCAAAAGUUGUGCAUUUAUUUUCCUUUGGCCAAACUUCACAGUCUAUCGACAGGUCUGCAUAUGGGCAGGUCAAAUAUAAAACAAGUAGCUCAGAAAAGGUUUCAUGAAAUCAGUUUAUUUAUAAAGUCCUUGUUUCUAUGUGCCCCCGAAAUAGCUCACUCUGAUCUGGUUUACACAUUCUUUCAUCCACUUUUGAGGGACCAACAGCUACCUGAUGAUUAUUCAAAGAAAGUAAAAGAUCGAGAACCUCAAACUUCAGGCAGACUGAUGGGUCAACUAAAACUCUCCCUAUUGUAUCGAAAAGGUGUAUUUAGUGUGAUGGUCCAGCAUGCCAGAGGUUUGCCUAGACUAGCAAAUGGCCAAGAACCGUCUACCUAUGUUAAAGUAUACCUUCAACCAGACCACCAAAAAAGUACAAAGAGAAAGACGAAAGUUGUCAGAAGGAAUUGCCACCCUAGUUUUAUGGAAAUGUUGGAAUAUCGGAUGUGCUUAGAAAUAAUCAAAACUCGCUAUCUGAGAGCAACAGUAUGGAACUACGAUGCACUACAAGAAAACGAAUUCAUGGGCGGCGUUGAACUAGAUUUGGCGCCUUUAGAUUUAUCUGAAGAGAUUAGCGAAUGGUAUUCGUUAGUGAAUUUGAGCAGAUAGCAUCGACUAUGGCAGUAAAAUGGUCACAUUGACACUAUGCCCAGGGUAAUAGGAAAAUCCUUACGAAGCAUUGGGUUUGUUGUGGUUGGAUUUGACUAAAGGGCAUAAUUUAUAUUUUUGAAGGAAUAUGAUCGAUACCACAAGAUUUAAUCAUAGCCAUACAGUAUUUUCACAAGUAUUAUCUCUCACGUAGAGUAUGUGUCCAUGAAUAUUACACAACUGAAGCAUGAUGAGUGAUUAAAAUAAGUGUAAAUGGCAACAUCGGAGAAGUGGGGAUACAAGAGUUGAGACGUAUGGCGAGUCUCGCCGCUGUCGGUGAACAUUACUUAGGCUAUAUUGAUAUGGACACUAUAUAAGAUGCUUCAAUUGUAUAAUGUUAGUGGUGGUAUACUCACAUAUUUGAAAUAUGCUGUUAAGUAGAUCCAGUGCAUCUACAUUGAUUGAUGGAGGUUAUUUCAAAGAUUUGCUCCAAGAGUUAAGGUUCAUGUAAAAUUAUCUGUCUUUCAACUCACUUAACAUUUACAAACUACAUAUCACACAUAUAAAUGUAUUCAACACAGGGUAUGGUACGAAGUAUGUCCUUUCAUAAAUUCUUAUUCAAUUUUCGUCUAUUUUGAUUUGGUCUCGCACUCCCCCUAAAUAUAUAUUGAUAACAAUUCUGCACAUAUUCCUUCAUGCUAUAUCUGCACAAAUAAAAAGAUAAACCAUUAUAAUCACAAAUAAUUAUAGUAAGGUUAACCUCAAAGUCUGAUUGUAUAGUAGUAGCAUAGGAAUUGGGAAAGUGCAUUUAAACAUUUUUAGGCUUGUAACUUUUGAGUUGUAAUUUCCUUUAAGGUCCAUUUUUGCUAUUUUUUAAAUUUUUCUAUGUAGACAAGAUGGAUUUAUCAGUAAAACAAAUAAACAAAUGGUUAGUAAAACUGGAUAAUCCUUAAUCCUCCAUUUUUGUCUGGUCGCGAAAUGAAACUACAUAUGACUGAAAUUCAGUAUGAAAACCAUAGGAUGAAUUUCACGUGUUACAUGGAUUAUCCUUCAUCAGUAAAUAUUUGUAUUUUUAGCUAUGUUCAACAUUAUAAUGCUGUGAUCCGUUGAACGGAUAAUGGCCGCAUGACACGAUGAUUCUGAAUCAAAUUUGUAUACGACAUCUGGCAACCUGUCAAAACUAAGUGAAGGGAUGUUGAAUCCCAUCUAACGUUUUCACACCUACACUAAUGCUUUUGUUACCAUGACUGGCUAAGCAUUUGACAUCCCUACAAACCGACACCACUUGUCAGAAAUGAACAAUUGUAGCUUAUGACCGUCAAUGCAUCAACCAUUUUUCUAGAUCGCCAGUCAAGGUGGCACGUCCCCUUUUUAGAUUUCUUUUCAACUUCCGGUUUGCAGCAGUAUUCUAAAUCCUUUUCAUCUGAUAAUUUCACGGUGUGUAUAGAGAUGACUAAAAAACAAUGUUCUAAUUUUUUUGUCAAAAUGCAUUUUUUCUGCAUUUUAUUGUGCAUUCUUUCUUCAAUUUUUAUGGAAGAAUGAAACUAUUGAUUACUUUUGUUCUUAUCAUUUUCCUUUUAAAAAAAUCUUUGAUUUUUUUGGAGCCUUGUCUCACAGCAACUUGAGUUUUCAAGAAAAGCAAAGAUUUUUCAAAAAGGAAAAGUGAUAAGAACAAAAGUAAUCUCUCGUUUCAUCCUUC